AUGAUCGCAGACCGCGAUGUGUACAACAACGCCAUCCACUUCGAUGUUGUACGCAAGAACUUGGCACCCAAGCAGGUCGGCAACUUGGCGGCCCCCGCGGCUGAGGAACUGGACAGGGCAUUCCGCGCGUAUUGGCAGGAUCCUGACAGUGGCGCCGACGGAAAGUCCGACUGGGUUACAUUGAACAACUGGGACGCGUGCGGCAAAGUCAUCUCCCGCGCGGCGCUGCGGGUUCUGGUCGGUGAGACCCUGUGUCAGAACGAACGUCUCUUGAACGCGACGGCGCGGUACGCCGACGCUGUGGUGAUGGGGACGGCCAUGAUCAACUGUUUGCCGCCGUCUUUGAGGCCGUGGAUUGCUCCUCUGCUCGCCUCGCCGGCAAAAUAUAACCAGUCACGCUGCCUGAAAUUGCUCGUUCCGGUGAUUGAAGAGAGAAUUCGCGUCUGGGAGAGCAGAAAAACAGGCGUCGCUCAGAAGAUACCAGACGACUUCUUGCAAUGGAUGAUAGAGAGAUGUGCCAAAGCCGGCCCGGAGCAGAUGAAACCUCGGAGAAUUGCUCUACGUCUCCUCGCGCUUGUCACCAUGUCCGUCAUGGGUAUGGUAUACGUGUUAUCGCAUUGCAUCCAGGAUCUGUAUAGAAGCCCUUCCAAAGACGAAUUUCUCGCAGGCCUACAAGAGGAGAUCAUGAAAAUGACCGAGCAAUCGGAGUUCCCCAAGGCAACUAACGCACUGGGGUCCAAGGACACCAUCGACCGCCUCCACCGGCUGGACUCGACUCUGCGUGAGUCAAUGCGACUAUCUGCCAUCAGCAUCGUCAGCGUGGCUCGCGAUGUCGUUGCCGAAGAGCUGGACCUCGGCCUCGACGACGGUCUGAAACUUCCUAGGGGGGUCCGAGUUGUUUUUCCCUCUCAACCCAUGCACAGGGACCCCGACUUCACGUUCCAUGAGAGGCCGCUGGAGUUUGAUGCAUUCCGCUUUUCGAGAAGGUUCGAAGCCAACCAGACCCGGGGGAAUAGCAACGAUGAAGCAAUACUGGAGCGGGCAGCGGCGUCGUCGACAGUUCCAAGCCAAUCUUUCCUUGCCUGGGGGUACGGCAAGCAUGCUUGUACGGCACGAUGGUACGCCGCACAGACGUUGAAGCAAGCUUUGGCUUACAUUAUUCUGAACUACGACGUGGAGGUCCUGGGUGAUGCCCGCAAAAGCAUGUCUCUGGUCAACGUCGUUGUGCCACACACAGAUGUCCAGAUUCGGAUCCGGCGAAAGAGGCCAUAG